AUGCUGCUCAGAUUAGUCAAAUUUACCAGUGAGGAGCGACUUCGUAGAGUCUUUAAUCUCUUCGACACGGACAACUCAGGUCGAAUCGAGCUGGAUGAAUUGAAAACAAUUUUCACCCAGCUCGGCCGUGGAGACAACGACGAUCUGAUUAAAGGCAUUCUCGCGCUAAAUGGCAUCUCCCCGGACGGCGGAAUCUCAUUUGAAGACUUUAUCUACCUGUUCUCGAACCCUUCACUGGUGUAG